UUCUUAUUUUGACAAGCGACGUGUGCGGAACGCAUUUGCGCGCGUCGGAAUUUUGUCUGAUCAAAUUUCGUUUACCUUUUUGUGCGUAGUGCGGAUCAAGCAGACUUAAAACACGCACACACCUAUCUAUACACAUACACACAUAUGCAGGCGAAGCACACACACACACACAUGCGAGCUAGUUGUGUCCAUAUGUGAACUGUGGUGUAACUGUGUUUGUGUUAUUUUUUUUUCUUCACUUUCGUGUCUCUCUCAAUAUACAUAUAUAUAUUGGUGUGUGAGUGUGUAUGUGUGCAUCAGCUUUGUUUGCAAAACGCAAAAGUAUCAAAGGAAGCGCCAGCAGCACGAGUGCGCUGCAUUAGCAGCGCUGUAAUAAUAACAGCAACAGUAAUGGCUCAAUGCUGUGAGACGACAACAACAACGGCGACAAUGUCCACGCGAUUUGGUGGCAGCACUGGCCGUCAGGCAACGCCGGCGCCGGCCUCCGCUGCUGCACUGCUAUCUAGCAACAACAACAACAACAACAACAAGGAGGAAACAAUAACGUCAACAACAACCACAGCAGCAGCAGCAGCAGCAACAACAACUAACAAAUUGUUGCCCACGCUUCUUCAGCAAAAGUUAACAUCCAACAACAACAACAACAACAAUACCAACACCAAUACCGAUACCAACUCCUCUGUGACAACAACAACAACAACAACAACCUCUUCCGCAUCUUCCGCUUCAACCAUCUCUUCUUCCUCAUCCUCCUCCUCCUCCUGUUCACCAGCUCUAUUAACAACAUCAAAGCCCUGCAAUUGCUGUUGUGCUCACAUUUUGCAACAACAACAAUUGGAACAACGACAAUUGCUACAACAAAACGCCGCAGUUGCCGCCGCCAAAGAGCUAGUACGUUCCGUAACAGCCACCAGCAUCAUGGAUAUGCCCUAUAACACCUCGCCGUCGCUACGCGUGCGUACCACCUCAUUGAAUCAGCUGAAGAAGACAGCCGACUUGGCUAUCGAAAAUGAGCUGCAUGUCUGUCCAUCGGUCAUGUCGGAUGAAUUGCGCAAGCUGCUGCCGCCCACAUCGGAAACGGUGAUGACCAAACCGUUUCCGAUACGGGGCGAACGCACAAUAGCCGAUUGUACCACACCGCAUGUGAUCGCAAUGGUGGGCCUGCCCGCCAGGGGCAAGACAUUUAUAUCGAAGAAGCUGGCCCGUUAUCUCAAUUGGAUUGGCAUCGCGACGCGUGUCUUUAAUUUGGGCGAGUAUCGUCGUCAUGCAACGACCGCCUACAAAUCCCAUGAAUUCUUUCGUGCCGAUAAUGAGGAGGCAAUGGCUAUACGGAAUCGCUGUGCCAAUCAAGCACUACACGACUCGUGCGACUGGCUGCUGAGCGGACUCGGCAGCAUCGCUGUCUUCGAUGCUACGAACUCGACGCACGAUCGCCGUCAAUUGAUCUAUGACAUUGUUGUUAAGCAACAUGGGUUCCGUUUGUUCUUUGUGGAAUCGAUAUGCGAUGAUCCGCAAAUCAUUGAACAGAAUAUAUUGGAAGUGAAGGUCAGCUCACCAGAUUACAUCAAUAUGAAUACGGAGCUGGUUGUACGGGAUUUCCUGCAACGCAUCGAGCACUACGAGGAGCGAUAUCAGCCGAUUGACGAAGUCGCCGAAUCGCAUCUCAGCUUCAUGAAGGUCUACAAUGCCGGCAAAAAGGUGGUCGUCUAUAAUAACGAGGGUCACGUGGAAUCGCGCAUUGUCUACUAUCUGAUGAACAUUCAUAUAACGCCACGCACCAUCUAUCUAACGCGUCACGGCGAAUCGGAGCACAAUUUGAGCGGCCUGAUUGGUGGUGACUCGAACCUGAGUCCACGUGGACAUCAAUAUGCCAGGGCGUUGGCCUCGUUCAUCUCGCAGCAGCAGAUCGAUGGACUGCGCGUGUGGACCUCAUGGAUGAAGCGUGCCAUACAGACGGUAGCGGAUGUUAAGGCGCCCCAGGAGCGUUGGAAGGCCCUGAAUGAGAUCGAUGCGGGCCACUGUGAGGAGAUGACCUACGAGCAGAUUAAGGAACGUUUUCCCGAAGAGUUCAAGGCGAGAGAUCUCAAUAAGUUCGCCUAUCGGUAUCCGCGUGGCGAGAGCUAUGAGGAUCUGGUGGCGCGACUUGAGCCCGUUAUCAUGGAAUUGGAGCGUCAGGGCAAUGUGCUCGUUGUCUCCCAUCAGGCGGUGCUAAGGUGUUUGUUCGCCUACUUCCUGGACAAGUCGGCGGAUGAGCUGCCCUAUUUGUAUGUCCCAUUGCACACGGUCAUUAAGCUGACGCCAGUCGCCUAUGGCUGUAAGGUGGAGCAUAUCAAAUUGCCAAUCGAUGCUGUCGAUACGCAUCGUCCAAAGCCAAAGAUACCCGGAGAUGUUAGCGAGCCGGGCCUGGAUGGUCUAAGCGGUGAGCUGGUUGCGCCCGAUGGCGUCGGCAAGGUGCUCAUCGUGGGCGAUGAUGUGGCUACGGCAACGUCUGCCUCCAAUGGCAACAGCGGUCGUACGGAUCCAACCACCCAAUGACAUUGCACCAAGCCUCCAAAAACAAUGAAAUCCAAGACAUUAUAAAAA